AUGCAAAUGUCUUGGUUUAUCAAAGGUUUGAAAUAUAUUCCACGAUGUCAAAGUCGAUUUUCAAAGCAAUCUAUCGACAAUAUAGUCAAUGAGCAAUAUAAGACAUUACGUUCAGUUGUUCAAGGUUGUCUUGAUGAUUAUCGUGUACAGCUGAUAGAAGCGCGUCAGAAAGAGGGUUUUCCAUAUUUAAAAUGUAUGCUGUAUGAGCUUCAAACCAAAAAAUUACCACAUAAACUAUACAAACGUGCACAACAUGAACGAAAAAUAGUGCGAAAUAUAAUAAAAAUGUUACGUCAUCGACCUGAUAUUACUGUACGUCGAACGGACAAAAGCAAAGUGUUUUAUAUUGGGAAUGUGACUAUGUUUGCUAGGAAAGCUUCAAAAUAUAUGAUCGAAACAGAAGCAUAUCAAGAGAUUAUGAAUGAAGGAUGUGUCUUAUCUGAAAAUCUCCAUUUAGUGAGUGUUCUUUUAAAAUCUCUUUUGAAAAAAGGUGCCCUUACUCAAGAACAAUACAAGAGAAUGACUCCAAGAGUAGAUUCAUUAGAAUUGGCUCAUCUUCAUUUUAUUCCCAAACCACAUAAACCCAAUACACUCUUAAGGCCCAUUGUAGCUGCUAUUCAUGCACCGGCAACUGAAAUUUCAAAAUUUCUUAAUGAUCUAUUAGCACCUCUUUUUCUACGAGCUGCUCGGCAAACGACUUUUAUUAAUGGCAUCGAUCUUGUUCAAGCAUUAGAAAAAUAUGUCACCAAUGAUCAUUUAAAACCAACCACUUUAUUUAUUACGUUUGAUGUGGAAAAUCUUUAUACAAUGAUACCUCGUCAAGGUGCUUUAGAAAUCUUAUUACAAUUUCUCGAGCAACAUUUACAUCAUAACAAAAUUGGUUCCAUACGCAUUGAUGAUAUUAAGAGAAUGGCACGUCUUGUAUUGGAUACAAAUAGCUUUGCUUAUGAACAUAAAUAUUAUCGACAAAUACGCGGUGGAGCGAUGGGUUCAGCCUUCACACGAACACUAGCCAAUAUUUAUAUGUUAAAUUGA